CACUGCGGCCCGCCUCCUCCCCGGGCUAUAAAAGUGCGGGCUGAGCACUCUGGGUGUGUGGACCUCCGGGCCGAGCCGUCAGGGCAGAGUCGGGCAACCGGCGUCCUUGGGCGAGGAAGAUGCUGCCGAUCGGGAAGACCGGGAAACAGGGCAAAAGGGGUAUUCUAGAGCGCUUAGAUGGUGGAGAAAUUGUGAUUGGAGAUGGAGGAUUUGUCUUUGCUCUCGAAAAGAGGGGAUAUGUAAAAGCUGGGCCUUGGACUCCUGAAGCAACAGUAGAACAUCCAGAAGCAGUUCGUCAGCUUCACCGGGAAUUCCUCAGAGCUGGAUCCAGUGUUCUGCAGGCAUUCACCUUCUAUGCCAGUGAAGACAAACUGGAGAACAGGGGCAAUUAUGUAGCUGAGAAAAUAAGUUGCCAGAAAGUGAAUGAAGCUGCUUGUGACAUUGCAAGAGAAGUGGCUAAUGAAGGUGAUGCUUUAGUGGCUGGAGGUGUCAGUCAAACACCAUCAUACUUAAGCUGUAAGGAUAAAACGGAGGUUAAAGCAGCCUUUCGAAAGCAACUAGAUGUCUUUAUAAAGAAGAAUGUGGAUUUCCUAAUUGCUGAGUAUUUUGAACACGUUGAAGAGGCUGUCUGGGCAGUUGAAGUUCUAAAAGAAUCUGGAAAGCCAGUUGCAGCUACGAUGUGCAUUGGUCCAGAAGGAGACAUGCAUGGUGUGUCCCCUGGACAAUGUGCUGUCCAACUGGUAAAAGCUGGUGCUUCUAUUGUUGGAGUCAACUGCCAUUUUGAUCCAGAUACUUGCCUGGAAACAGUGAAACUGAUGAAAGAGGGCUUGCAAGCUGCUAAACUGAAAGCCCACCUGAUGUCCCAACCACUUGCUUUCCAUACACCCGAUUGUGGAAAGCAGGGUUUUAUUGAUCUGCCAGAAUUUCCCUUUGGUCUGGAGCCAAGAAUUGUAACCAGAUGGGAUGUUCAAAAAUAUGCAAGAAAGGCCUAUGACUUAGGAAUUCGUUACAUUGGAGGUUGCUGUGGAUUUGAGCCAUAUCACAUCCGAGCAAUAGCUGAGGAGCUGGGUCCUGAAAGAGGAUUUUUGCCACAAGCUUCUGAGAAACAUGGUAGCUGGGGUGAUAGCCUGAGCAUGCAUACCAAACCCUGGGUCAGGGCAAGGGCAAGAAAAGAAUACUGGGAGAAUCUGAAACCUGCUUCAGGCAGGCCAUAUUGUCCGUCCAUGUCAAAGCCAGAUGGCUGGGGAGUGACCAAGGGAGCCAGGGAGCUGAUGCAACAGAAAGAAGCAACAACUGAACAACAGCUGAAGGAGCUCUUCCAGAAACAAAAGUUCUAAUCCACUGCAUUUGCGUAAAUGUGAGAAUGAUUUAUCUACAGAACAUCACAUGAUUCAUGAGAAAAUCUGUGAAGAUGAGUUCCCUGUUGAUUUAUCAGUUAACAUGUAAUGAAGGAGACAAUGCAGAAAGCAUGUGAUUAUGGGUUAAAUAUGUCAAACUUUGGAAAUAAAGUCUAUCUUUGGACAAAUAGUUUAGAGAAUACACAGUCAGGAUAAAGUUUGAGUCUCAUAAUAACUGAGCUUGAGUUAGCUAGGUGUCAUUAAGUGGUUAGACACGGAAAGACAUGGAAAGUAAUAACUGGCUCAAGUCACCUGUGAAAAGAGAAAAGCCAUCUAUAAAUACAGUAUCAAUGGACUUUCACUCCUGAGUUUGUUUUCAGUUGGGGAUUUGUUCAGGGCCACUUCAGGGCCAUGCAAGCUGUCCAUGCUUCAGACACACAGUUAUCUAUAGUCACUUUCUUGACUUUAAGAGAAUAAAAGUAGACUGGAAAAUACAUUUUUAUAAUUGGAAUCAAAAGAUAAGGAGAAUGAGAAAGGAGAAUGAGGAAUUGCCUAUAUACAGGAGAAAGGUGCAGAGAACUUUUAGGAAAGAAAAAUGACAGGUAAAUAACUCACUGCUUUUAUCUCAAUGUACAAUGUACAGAAGAUUUACUCCUCUGGAGACCAAAAGGCUUAAGAGAUUAUUCUGAAAUUUCAAAAUUCAAAUAAAUUAAAAGUAAUAUGAUGGAAUAGUAUUGUAUUUUCCUUGCACCCUAAAUCAUGAAAGCUCAAACUGAAUAACUUACCUUGAGUAAACAACUAUUUUCAAACAA